CAGGGCGCGGCAGCCAAUCAGCGCGCGGCUUCUAUAGGGCUUGAGUUAUUAGACGCUGCUCUCAAAACAUCCUUCAUCAGACACCAAGGAGAGGCCAACAGAUGAGGGGAGCCAUUUUUCUGCAAUGGAAUUAAAUGGCCAAGUGGGUUUUUCCUUUGUUGCAAAUGGGGAAUGUUUUUCCUUUGACUCCACCAUCCAGUUCAGGACGCCUCAGUGUUGUGUUUAACAUUUGUCAACAGGCUAAAGGACUCACAAUUGGAAGAAUGAAGAAGACUUUUUAAAAAGAUCUGGAUUUUUCCUUAUGACUUGGAAUCCAUCUUUGUCUUGUAUAACUAGGUCAUAGCACACCAUUAAUGUCAGCAGUUAACAAUUUUGAAUUCCAAAAAACCUAAGUAAACGACAUAUUUAAUUUUUUUUCCUCUUUUUUUUUUUCUUGGGUGGGUGGGGGGAGCUUGGAGCUGUCUUGAUCUGUAUUCUCUUGACUGAACAAUAAAUUUUUAUAUAUAUAUAGUUUCCUCUAUUAAACACUUAAACCUGGCCAUCUUAUUAACUCCUUCUGCUCUCUUUUUAACAAGAGCAGUAAACAGUCCUCAGCGAAGCCGCCUUUUGCCAACCCAACCCUGGAAAAUUUGCAGAAGUGGAAGGAGCAGAAAAUGCCAUGAGAGUGUAACUUUAAAAAGGAUCAUGACCGGAGAAGGGGCUCGGUACCCCCAGAGUGGACCGUCCUCCUUUGGACAGAAGCAGGCCUAGUUUGACUCUGACAGUCCUCCCACUAAGGAAUUCCUGGUGAAUAGAAGAAUGGCAUGGGUCCUCGGAACAUUUUGCAGGGCGCCGCCGCCAGUGCUGCCUGCUCCUGGCUAUGGACAACCCUGGGGCCCCAGCCCCGACUGCCGCCCCGGGCCCGGGCAAGAAGGAGCUGAAAAUCGUGAUUGUGGGCGACGGCGGCUGCGGCAAGACCUCGCUGCUCAUGGUGUACAGCCAGGGGUCCUUCCCCGAGCACUACGCCCCAUCCGUGUUCGAGAAGUACACGGCCAGCGUGACCGUGGGCAGCAAGGAGGUGACCCUGAACUUAUACGACACCGCCGCUGCCAGGUGGAUAAUGGAUUGAGGGGCAGCAGGAGACCAGGGAGGAGGUGGCACGGAAGACUGACGGUGGCUUGGAUGAGGAUGGUGCCAUGCCGUCCAGUAGAACUUCCUGCAAUGAUGGAGAUGUUCCGCACCCGCACUGCCCAUUACGGGCAGGAAGAUUAUGACCGGCUGCGGCCCCUGUCCUACCAGAACACCCAACUCGUGCUCAUCUGCUAUGACGUCAUGAACCCCACCAGCUAUGACAACGUUCUCAUCAAGUGGUUCCCUGAGGUCACCCACUUCUGCCGUGGGAUCCCUACGGUGCUCAUCGGCUGCAAGACAGACCUGAGGAAGGACAAGGAGCAGCUGCGCAAGCUCCGGGCGGCCCAGCUCGAGCCCAUCACCUACACGCAGGGCCAGAGCGCCUGUGAACAGAUCCAAGCCGCCCUCUACCUGGAAUGUUCUGCCAAGUUUCGGGAGAACGUGGAGGACGUCUUCCGAGAGGCCGCCAAGGUUGCCCUCAGUGCCAUGAAGAAAGCACAGCGGCAGAAACAGCACCGCCUGUGCCUGCUGGUUUGACACCUCCCGGCGGGGCCCAUGGCCCUCAUGACAGAACUGACAGGACCCAGGCUCCCAGGUCCAGACUGCUCCCUGGAUCCUGCCCCCUCCCCAGCUCUCGAAGGGCACUUGGAGUCGGGCGUCUCCAGGGCCUGGUGUCUGGAGCCUGUGGCCAGGCUCUUGGAACAUUCUGGAACUCUCCUUUCCCAGCUGGGGCUCUGACCACGAGCUCCCCUCCAGCCUGCGUGGCGGUGGUGGUGGUGAGCGAGGGUGCUGGACUCAGUCCCUCUGCACCCUGGAACGAGCAUUUGUCCCCAGGACUCAGGAGUGCCCUCAUCACAACCAACCCCCAGCUGUGUGUCCCCCUCUGCACACCCAGUAGGUCCUCAGAGCCUGUGCUUGAGAUGAGGAAUGACGUCUGGUAUGAGGAUAAAUGUGGACUUGGCAGCGUUCCACACGGCCCCCAAGCCUGCUCUCCCAAGUCACCCGCCUCCCUGGUUUCCUGAGAUAGGCAUGGCUGCAUCCUCCAGCUUCUCGCUUCCUCCCCGCAGGAACUCGGGCACCAGGAUGGGACCGAGGCCUAUCAGGAGAACACAGGCCCCAGCCCCAAACGUGGGGGGCCGGCACCAGCCCCCUCCCUCCUCCCUUCCAAACAGAGGACUUCAGUCUCAGCCCUCAGCUUGGCUGCCAUCUUUCCAGAGCUGGACGCACAUGAGGCAGAGAAGAACCUCUCUCAAAAAGCAAAAAGUAUUCCCUGGACCAUCCACGUGACCCUUGCUCAGCGUCUCCUCACCUGCAACCCCUCCGCUCGCCACUACUUGCCAGAAACCGGAGAUGAAAAGUGACAUCAGCUCCGAGUGAUCUUGGGCAAGUCAGGUCUCUCUACAGACUGUCUGCAGAAGGACGGCACUGGCUCAUUUAAAUAGUCAUCGGGCUCCCACCUCUCACAGCCUCCAAUUCUGCCAAGAUGUGGAGAUCUGGAACCAAGGCCAUCCUGGCCUCCUGCGAGAACAGACUUGAUUAACCCCCAGUGCAGAUUCACUGAACCUCCUAGAAGGUCUGGGGUCAGGGGCCCAAGAGUUUUUAAACAAGUGCCCCAGGUGAUCCUGAUGCCCCAGAGAUUGAGAGCUGGUGGCUCCUGAGUAAGCCCAGGAAUCGGCGCUACCUAAGAUGAGAUAAUGGCUUCAGGUGGCUCCUGCCAUCCCCGGUAUCUCCUGCCUCAGCCCCCUCCCUUGCCCAGUGCUUCGGCCCCCACUAGGCCUGAGAAAGAGACUUCUGAAGUCUACCCCACCCCACCUAGGUUCCCCAAGGCCCUGCCACACCCUGGGGAGUCAAGAGAGCAUUCGGUCCAAGGCUUCGUGGACAAAUGAUGGUCUAGGACAGAGGUCCACAAACCACAGUCUGUGGGCCAAAUCUUUAUUUUUGUAAAUAAAGUUUUAUUGAAAAACA